CUUCCCGUCUGACCUCCUAUCUCGCGAUCAUUCGCUGCUGUUUACGCGGCUUAGCUGCACGACAGUCGUGCUCCACAAAAAUGACUUCUGUAAUGAGAUUUCUGAGCUCUGUAGUAAAUAUAUUAUGCAUUCCGCUUCACCUGAUUCACGCCGUCGGCCUGUCCGGAAUAUACAAGCGUAUUUUCCCAAUUUGUAUAAAUCGGAUGGCGAAAUCGUACAAUAAGAAGAUGCACGAUAAAAAGAAGGAUUUGUUUUGCGUUUUGCCAGAGUUCAAGAAGGCUGGCGGGCAGCUCACAAUUUUGGAGAUUGGCUGCGGCACAGGUGCAAAUUUUGAGUUUUAUCCGCCUGGUAGCAGAUUGAUCUGUACCGACCCCAACCCGCACUUUGAGAAAUAUCUGACAGAAACUAUGGCCAAGAACGAUCACCUGAGAUAUGAGAGAUUUGUGGUGGCGUCGGGGGAGGACCUGAGGGCAGUGGAGGACGACUCGAUAGAUGUUGUAGUCUGUACCCUGGUGCUCUGCUCUGUGGACGAUGUGAGCCAAACCCUGCGAGAGGCACACCGCAUACUGCGACCAGGUGGAGCCUUCUUCUUCUUAGAGCACGUAGCUGGUGACACCUCGACUUGGACGUACUUCUUUCAGCACGUUCUCCAGCCUUUGUGGUACUACUGCGGUGACGGAUGUCGGAUCAUCCGGGAAACAUGGAAAUAUGUGGAGGAAGCCGGAUUCUCUGAUCUCAAACUAAGACACAUUGAAGCGCCACUCUUCUUCAUAAUAAAACCUCACAUCUCGGGCUAUGCUGUCAAAUAAAUUCAGUCUGAUUGUCUUUUUAGGGAGCCCCCCCACCCCCUUCCAAAACACACAGACACACACAACCAGCUUCUGAAUACGCUGAGCAUUAACUGCCUUUUUCCUCUUCUAUCAUGUGACCACCAGUAAUAGAAACCACCAGUCACCUUAAUACUAUUUUUUUAUUAGAGUGAGCCAUUAGUGUUGUACAAAAAAGAUGAACACUAAAAAGACAACCUUACAUAGACAGCACACAACUCUAAUUUUGAAUCCAGCUAAAGUGACAAAUACAUUGUGGUGUUUCGUCCUCCAUUCCUCAUUCCCAAAUUGCUUGCCGGGAAAAAAAUUUGUCUUAGUGUUUGUGAGCUAUGGGGAUUGAUUUGUACCUUUUGUGAUUAAAAUCAGAUAAAAUUUAUAUUUUUUGCUGUUAUUUAGGUAACUGUGUCAAAACAGCAGCAAUUAAAAGUCUUUAUCCCA